GUCACUCACCCACUCACUGUUAGUGUUAUGUAUUCAUUGUGGAUAAUAUUGCGGAAAUAACUUGAAAUAUAAAGAGAUAAAAAGAAAUUCAUGAAUGAAGAGGCGAGAGAAAUGGAAAGGACAAGUAAGGAAGAGGGGGAUUCCAGGCCCAGAAAAGUUGAGAUCUCGAGGUCACAGGUCAGGCCUGGUGAAGUUGAGGGGUCAGAGGUCGGGCCUGGUGAGGGGUCAGAGGCCCUGCCAAUAAAACCCAGCAGUGCCAGCAGUACGAGUAUAGCCUCUAGUUACUUCAACAACAAAAUCCCAAUACCAGAGGAUGAAGACCAUCCAGUGUUCAGCUUUAGAAAACUCUGGGCCUUCACUGGUCCAGGGUUCCUUAUGAGUAUUGCCUAUCUGGAUCCGGGAAAUAUUGAGUCGGAUCUCCGGUCCGGAUCUGUCGCUCAGUUCAAGUUGCUAUGGAUACUGAUGUCGGCCACGUUUCUGGGUCUCCUGAUGCAGAGGCUGUCGGCACGCCUGGGGGUGGUGACAGGAAUGCACCUGGCUGAGGUCUGCUACAGAAGCUAUCCCAGGAUUCCACGCUUUGUGCUGUGGUUCAUGGUGGAAAUAGCCAUUAUUGGAUCAGAUAUGCAGGAAGUGAUUGGAACAGCUAUAGCAUUUUACCUGUUAUCUGACGGAAAGAUCCCCCUGUAUGCUGGUGUACUGAUUACUAUAGCGGACACCUUUACCUUCCUCCUUCUGGACAAGUACGGUCUACGUAAACUGGAGGCUUUCUUUGCAUUCCUUAUUUUCAUCAUGGCUGUCACUUUUGGAUAUGAGUAUGUAAUAGUUAAGCCGGAUCAGCCCUCCCUCCUUAAGGGGAUGUUUAUACCGUACUGUGAGGAUUGCGGGCCGGAGCAGGUUCUACAGGCCGUGGGGAUUAUAGGAGCCAUCAUCAUGCCUCACAACAUCUACCUCCAUUCUGCCCUCGUCAAGUCUCGAGAUGUAGAUCGAUCUCAGAGGGAUCACGUCCGAGAAGCCAAUAAGUACUUUUUCGUUGAGGCAGCCAUUGCAUUGUUCGUAUCAUUCCUCAUCAAUGUGUUCGUGACUGCAGUAUUUGCAGAAGGAUUCUAUGGGAAAAAUGUCACGGAAGUGUAUGAUAACUGUUUAAAAGUUGGUAACCCUCAUGCGUCCAUUUUCAAUACCACUAAACUGGAUGUUGAUAUAUUUCGAGGGGGCGUGUUUCUGGGUUGUCAGUUUGGGUUGGCAGCUAUGUAUAUUUGGGCAGUUGGAAUUCUAGCAGCAGGUCAAAGUUCAACAAUGACUGGAACCUACACAGGACAAUUUGUGAUGGAGGGUUUUCUGAAUCUCAAAUGGAAGCGCUGGAUGCGUGUGUUAUUCACUCGGAGCAUUGCAAUACUGCCUACCAUUUUUGUGGCUACAUUCUCGGGGAUUCAGGAUUUAACAGUGAUGAACGACAUGUUGAAUGUGUUAAUGAGUCUGCAGCUACCUUUUGCCCUCAUUCCGAUUCUCACGUUCACAAGUUCCGAAAAUAUCAUGGGAGAGUUCAAGAAUGGAAGGUUUAUGUCUAUAUUCACGGGUGUGCUGGCCAUCGUUGUGAUAGGAAUAAACCUGUUCUUUAUAUCGGAGUACAUUCAGGGCCUGCCUGACCAUUGGGCCGUUUAUCUAGCAGUGUCUACUCUAGUCCUUGUUUAUAUAAUUAUUAUUCUGUAUCUGAUUUGGUUUUGUUUAAUAACCAAUGGAAUACAAUUCCUUGAAAGAAUACCUUGUUUUACCUUCCUGAAACCAAGAGACACUACCUACAUUCUCACUGAGAGUGUGUCUGGCACCAGAUUAGACUUACAGGAAGGCGUUCCUGAUUUUGGAUCCACGUCCACUACUGCCGACAAUGACGAAAGUUAAACCUAACCAAUGAGGAUCUUCCAGGUUUCUGUCUCCACUUCAAUAAAGAAAUCAUGAACAACUUUACCUACUGUCAUUAUUAAUCAAGGAAGAUCUUCCAGAUUUAUGUCUCCACUUAAAUAAAGAAAUCAUGUACCUACUGUCAAUCUGUCAUUAUUAACCAAAAAGGAUCUUCCAGUUUUCUGUCUCCACUUCAACAAAGAAAUCAUGAAGAACUUUACUUACUGUCAUUCGGUCAUCAUUAACCACCUUGAAGGAAGAUCUUCCAGAUUUAUGUCUCCACAUUAAUGAAGAAAUCAGAAAGAACUUUACCUACUGUCAUUUGGUCAUUAUUAACCAAGAAAGAUCUUUCAGAAUUCUGUUUCCACUUCAACAAAGAAAUCAUGAAAAACCUUACCUACUGUCAAUCGGUCACAUUAACCAAAAAAGAUCUUCCAGAUUCUUCCUCCACUUCAAUAUGAUGAACUCUAGUUCUAGAUGUAACCUUAACUUCAACUACUUCCAUUGGUAAUGAAAAUCAAAAGACUUACGGACUUUCAUUAUCCUUGGUUUCAUAUUAACCACUGCCAUUAAUGAUUAAAAUUAACCAGAAAAGAUCAAUUCAUUGACUGAUGAAAAUUAACCAAAGAUGCUCUUCCAGAUGAUGCGUUUUCAAUCAGUGUUGUCAAAGAAGGUGACAUAUACAUUGUUGAAUUUUUUCUCACUGUCUGGUAAGUGAAUCUCAUAAUGGGUGAAGAUUGCUGUACUGCUAUUUGGAAUGAAAUAAUAUCAAUGCUCAUGUUAUACUUUUUAUGGAUAGAUUAUUAUCAAUAUAAAAUAUGAUUAUACUCUGUAUUCCUAAAGUGACCUCAAGAUGGUGCUUAUUAGAUGUAGAGAUGUUCAUUUUAUCAAGAUACUGACUUAUUAUUUUUUACAGGAUGUUAAUGUCUAGGGUGUGUGAAUGAUCAUCCCUUUUAAAAAUAAAAUUAAAGUGAUUUCUUAAAUAUUAGAUAAUUAGAUUUUUUUAACAACAAUGUAUUUUCAGAAGACACAAAUAAAGGCAAUUUUAUGUAUAUUUCUUGAAGAUACAAAUGAACUUUCAAGAUAAUUUAAUGUAUCAAAUAUAUUUAGGUAUAUGUCUUUUUUGACACCUCAUAAUUAAGAAACAAAUAAAAUUGUGAAAUACUCUAAAUGAUAUUUUUUCAUAUUUACAUUGAAUCAUGUUCCUUUCAAUAUACAGGUAGAGAAAGCCUUGGAUUAUUUUUGUAUGUCUUCAAUGUACUUCAAGAUGGCUGUUCCAAAUUUUUGUGGAACUUUUAAUUAUGACUGUGUGCAUAGUGAAAAUGAAUCCUACGCAGAAAAAAAGAUAUAUAUUCAGUGCAUCAUUAGAUUAGAGUUACAUUUUUAUCUGUUAAAGAAAAUUCAUUUGUUUCAAAGAAAUAAGUUACAGUGUAUUUAUUAUUUUUUAUGAUUUUGUCAUUUACAACUAUUUUUCAUAAUCAUAAUGGUCGUAUGGACAGUUGUUAAACUUUUUUAGUCUUUAAUGGUGAGCUUUUUUAUACAAUGUCAUGUAUAUUCAAUCCAAUCAGAGACUAUCAAAGUCAGUACAGGAUAAAAUUAAGUAUAAGAUAUGUAUAUCAUAAAAGAAAGUUGAGAGGUGGCGGUACUUAUUACAUUUCAAAUUUAGAAUAGUACAUUGUGUUAACCUUUUCUUGUACAGUAAAACUCGGUUAUAACGAAGUCACAGGGACCGUGUAUGAGUUUACUUCGCUAUAUCCAUAAUUCGUUAUAUCCAUAUAAGAAAUACGGUAAAUUUGCAUAGCUCGGGAUCGAAAAUAACUUCGCUAUAACCGUAAAUUCGUUAUAUCCGUGU